GCGGUGUCUGCUGGAGGGGAGCGGAGGAGGCGGUUCUCUUCCCGGUCCCAUCCCCAAUCCCGCCGUGCGAGUGCGGGGCCGGCGGCGGCGGGGUGGCCAUGGCCUCCAUGGCGGCGGCGAUCGCCGCUUCCCGCACGGCGGUGAUGAACGGGAACCGGCCGCUGGACGAGCGGGAGCGCAAGCGGUUCAGCUACUUCUCCUCGCUGAGCCCCAUGGCGCGCAAGAUCAUGGCGGAGAAGGAGCGGAUCCGCGAGCGCUACGGGCCCGAGUGGGAGCGGCUGCCGCCCCGCCAGCAGGACGAGAUCAUCGACAAGUGCCUGGUGGAGCCGCACGUCCAGGCCCGCUACGCCGCGCACCGCGGCACCACCCGCCCGCCCGCGCCGCCCUCCUCCUACCCCAGCCUGCGCCUCAACACCGGGCAGAAGGUGGUGCGCUUCGGAGACGAGGACAUAACUUGGCAAGAUGAACACUCAGCUCCAUUCUCCUGGGAAACGAAGAGUCAGAUGGAGUUCAGCGUUGCAUCUCUCUCCAUACAAGAGCAAGGUGGUGCCCAGCUGCAGAACGAGCAGAGGCAGCCUGUUAAAGCAGCACCUGGUGUCCAAACCCCUAAAUCUUCUCAGGCCAAUAAGACCCCUGGCUCUGAGGGGUUGAUAGCAGCAGCCAGAAAGGAAGAGGAGUCGUCCUUCUGGAAGAUAAACGCAGAGCGCUCGAAGUUUGAAGGAGACAAGUCUGAGUUCCAGUCCCUGACCCCCAGCCAGAUCAAGUCCAUGGAGAAAGGAGAGAAGCCCCUUCCCUCUUUUUACAGACAAGAGUCUGCUCCAAAGGAGAUGACCAAAGCUGAGAAGCCCAGCAUAACUAAACCAGAGAAGUCUGUUGUCCCCAGCACACCUUCUGUGUGUCUCGAGUGGGAGAAACCUCGACCUACUCAACUCCCUACUAGUUCUCUAGAUGACUUCUUUCUUACUGAUCCACCACAGGAUCUGGCAUCUUCUAGGACAAACAAGGAAGAUACUGAUGGUACUAUACUUACAGACCCACAAAUGCCUGGACAGACUAGUACAAGCAAUGUUAUCUUGAAGACUGGCUUUGAUUUUCUAGACAACUGGUAAAAGAUACUUCAAAACAGAUCAAACCAAUUUUGGGGAAGGAGUGGAACACCUUUCUCCUUGUAUGUUAAUUUACUAGCAUUUGUGUCUUUUUCUAGAAGUAACUUUCAAACUCUUAAAUGUUGCCUUUGUAUAAACUUUUGUAAUAACAUAUGCGUUUUUGUUUUAUAAACAGUGAUAGAAGUGUGGUUUCAUUUGGAUAUUUUUUAAAUAUCUGUUAAAAUUUUUAGUAGCUACUGUAUUGAGAGGAUGGGAGAAGUUACUGUACACAUGUUAAAGAAACACAAAUGAGAGUCUCUGUAUCCUAGAAAUGGAACCUAGAGGACCAGAUUGCUGUUUUCAGUGGAAACCUUGCUAGCGUGGCUUGUAAAAGAAAUAAUAUUGCAUGUGCAGUGGUUCCAACCAUACUUCAGCUAGCUAACAAAAAACAGUAUGAAAAGCAAGCAUCCAGAAUUGCAUUGAUUUGUAGAUUUUGUUUCCUUUGAAAGUAUCUUUUGUAUCACUUACUGAAGACACUUUUUCUUCUGAAGAAGGCAAAGGCAUUGCCAAAAUGAUGGAUGCAAAAAAGCACUGUGUUCGUACCCUACAAAUCUGCUAAAAUAACUUAAGAGUGGUAGAGAAAUGACCUGGGGAAAUGGUGUUUCUGGUGUUUGGAUUGAAGACUUGGGGGUGGGUAGAAGGGAGUGGGAUAACACCUAACUAUUUGGAGAAAUUCUUCAGGGAACACAAUUUUACUGCCUCCUUACUAGAGCAUAACUCUUCCUAAUACUAGUGCUGGAACUACAGCACUGAGAAUUUCUGGAGUGUAGAUUACCUUUGUGUCAGUAAACCACUAUGUUUAUGGGAGGUCACAGGAGUAUGAGGCUUUUUUGGUUUUUAAGCAGCUUAUUGUCUCAAGGACUCAUAGACUUUGGUGCUUUUUCCUCCUUGUGGGUUCAUCCUCUUUAGUGUUCAACAUCUGGCUUACAUUUAUUCCUAAGGUGCAGAGAGGCGUCUCAAGGUGGUCCUUGGCAGUGUUGCCUCCAGUUCUGCUUUUGAAUGAUCUUUGGUGUUUAAAAUGUAGAGAACAAGAGUAGCUGUCGUUUGGAUCUGUUGUCUCUGAAAUGCAGCAUGAUUUACACACUGAUUCUCACUGUGUUUACCUCACCUUGAAGCCUUAAUUCCCCCACGCACAGCCAGUGACUGGUCUGCUCCAAUGCCAAAGGUUUGACUUUUCCCUUUACCUCAGCAAUAGUCCCAUAGCAUUUGUUUGGGGUAGAAGGCAAAACAGGGCUCUAAUGGGUCCCAGGCAAGGCUGUAAGAAGGUCACCAUCUCCUAAGCCAUAGUUGUGCUAGGCUUCUCAUGGAUUAGCACUUGACUUUUGGUUCAGUGCCAGGGGCAGUUCAAUGUGCAGAAUUGGAUGUGGCAGGAUUUUUUCUGCUUGUUACAGGAAGAGUUUGCAAUGUCCUGGAAGAAUCCUUGCCUCUAAUUGGUGUGCUGCUUGCUUUGAACAAGCAGAGUAUGCUGAUAGAGCAUUAAAAUUUACUUGUUGGACAAGGAAAAUGCUGCAAGCAUUCCUUUUCUUGUCCCCACACCCCAACAAAAAAAACCCAAAAAAACCCAAAACACCAAGGCCAAAACCUCCACUUGUUUUAGUGUUUUCUUAAAAGGUUCCUUAGCUAAAUGCUAAGAUUACCACAGAGUAGAAGUCAUUGUAUAGCAUACUCUUAUUUAUAGGCUUCUGAAAGCUUUUUUACAUUCUUCCUGAGAUGUGCAAACUCCUGUAGUUCGUGGAUGUUAUCUCUGCAUUCAGCAGUUCAGAAAAUACUUGUUGUUACCAUCCUGGACUUUUCUGCUGUUUUUUCUUUUGUAGCAUUUGCUACAAGCAUCUAAAGUUAAUACAGCUUAGAACAACUUUAACACAAAUUCUUUAGGUGUAUGAUUGAUAUUGACUUGCACCUUCCUUUUAAAGCUAAUAAAUAUUAAUCUUGGGGUUUACAGUUACCCGUGAAUCUGAUUUUUUGUACAUUCAGCUGCUGAAAAGUAGUAAAUUGAAAAUGAAGAUGCACAUUCUAAUCUUACUCUGAUUUGGGGAGAUCUGAAAACAGUGUCUCCUACUGUCAAGGAGCGUUACUUUAAAUCUCUGGUAAUACCGUAAAGCUUCUUAGGGAAGAACUUGGGCUGUCUGUCUCUUCCAUCGGCUAACUCAACCCUAAUACACAUUGGGACCAGCUGGUAGAACAUGCUGCAGAACUUUUUACUUAUCCUGGUAGGUUUUUCCUGUGCUUUGACAAGAGUUGAUGCUCCUUCUUUCUUGAAUAUGUUUUUAUUAAACAUUCUUACAAAAAUGAAAUUGUAUUUGGUCACAUUUUAUAUUAACAAUGUUUUAAUAAAGUCACUUUAAAUAGAA